AUGAACUGGGGGUUCUUCGAGGGGCUCCUGAGUGGGGUCAACAAGUACUCCACAGCCUUUGGGCGCAUCUGGCUGUCUCUGGUCUUCAUCUUCCGUGUGAUGGUGUACCUCGUGACGGUCGAGCAUGUGUGGAGCGAUGACCACAAGGAUUUUGACUGUAACACCCGCCAGCCCGGCUGCUCCAAUGUCUGCUUCGACGAGUUCUUCCCCGUGUCCCACGUGCGCCUGUGGGCCCUGCAGCUCAUCCUGGUCAUGUGCCCCUCGCUGCUGGUGGUCAUGCACGUGGCCUAUCGUGAGGCUCGGGAGAGGAAGCAUCGAGAGGCAGUGGGGGAGGGCAGUGCACGCCUCUACCUGGACCCCAGCAAGAAGAGGGGUGGGCUCUGGUGGACAUACGUCUUUAGCCUGGUGUUCAAGGCUGGCGUGGAUGCCGCCUUCCUCUACGUGUUCCAUUCAUUCUACCCUAAAUAUACCCUCCCUCCUGUGGUCAAGUGCCAUGUGGCUCCAUGUCCCAAUGUUGUGGACUGUUUCAUCUCCAAGCCGUCGGAGAAGAACAUCUUCACACUCUUCAUGGUGGUCACAGCUGCCAUCUGCAUCCUGCUCAACCUGGUGGAGCUGGCCUACCUGGUGAGCAAGAGGUGCCGCGAGUAUCUGGUGGCCAGGAGAGCCCGGGCCCCACACAAGCGGCAUCCCUCAGACUUUGCCACCUCAUCCUGCAAGCAAAACAACCUCCUCUUGGAUGACAUCAUCUUUCUGGGCUCAGACACUCACCCUCCUCUCUUACCAGACCACCCUCAGGACCACAUGAAGAAAACCGUUCUGUGA